AUGUCUGCCGCAUUGCAUUUUCUAGAAAGACAGCGCAAAGCUCAGCUCGUAGAGCUGGCUGAAGCCACCGCGCUCCAAGAUUAUGAGGACUUCACCAAGCCCGAACUUGCCGCCAAGCUGGACGAGCAUCUCCAAGCGAACCGCACCAUCUUCGGUUCAGAAGAUCGUCUGUCAGAGUAUUACAGGCGCCUAUCGCAAGGGUCGCGCUCGUCGCCGGUAAAGAGGGAAAGCCGCGAAACCAGAGGCGAGGUCUCACCGAUCAAAGAGGAAGCCCCGAGGUCCGUCCGUCGACGGACGACAAAAUCGAGGGAGUCGAAGGACUCGAAGGAGGACACUGAGGACAAGGAACCUGAUCCUACAGAUGAAUCCGACGUGCCUAUUCAAACUCCUACGCGUGCAUUAGCCGAAGUCGCCGUCCAUUUGCCCCCGUCGCCGGCUGUUGUCACUGAGGUGAUUGAUCGUCAAACGACCGAAUGGCUCAAAAGCAUUGGCGAAUUCUGGAACAAGUCCGGCGUGCAGGAACGCUCCGACUCGCUGCGCACGACUCUCAGCAGCGUGAGAGCUGUCGAAGUCAUCAUCACAAUCCUCGAGGCAAUCGGCGUCCUCAACGAGGCCCUGCCUCGGCGCCACCUCACGACAAUACCUCCCAUCGAUGCCAUUCACUCUCCUGCGCUUCCAAUCAAGCUCCCUGACGUCUUUGUGCUGGUCGACAGCUCAUUCUGGGCCCCUGUCUCGCUGUGGCUGCUUACCAGCGUAUUCCUACCUCUGACUGUUGCUUAUUUCUUCAACAUUAGCCUUCAGGUUGCGCAGUCAAGCGGCGGCCCUGCGUCACGUACGCGCCGUAGCAGCAGCAGCCGCAACCCCCAAGCAGAUUUUGACCCCCUGAGCUUCAACAUCGCCAAAGCGCUCCUUGCGUACCUAGUUUACGCGCAUGGAUUUACCUUUUGGAACAUUUAUAGCGAGGUCUCCGUUCAAACUGUGAACGCGUCCAUCCCGUUCCAGUACGCCGGUAUCCUGACUGGCGCUGCCAUCGGAGCUGUAGGUACUAUCUAUGAGGCUAUCCUGAGGAAGUAA